CCAGACCACGCCUCAGCGAUCACUUCCCGUCGCGGCGGCACUCGUUCGCCUUUCCUCGUCGCGCCUGCACUCGUUCCACUUGGCUCGUCGCUGCCCGCCGCCGCCGUUUCACUCUCCGGCUGAGGCGCGAUCGUCGGCCUCUUCCCGAGCGGUAUCCCGAUGGAGGAGUACCGUCGUCUGUCAGAUGAGGAGCUCAGCCGCAUGCUCAAGCUCUACAACAUCCCUCACGGGCCCGUCGUGGGUUCCACCCGAAAAUUGUAUGAGAAGAAAAUCUACGAAUAUGAGAGCCAGAGAACUAAGCUUCCCCCUGGGACCAUCGGCUCUUACCAACACGCAGAGGAUUUUGAGAGUGAUGCUUAUGAUUCCAACCAGGAUGAGGAAGGAUCCCUGGAAGAUAUUGACUUUGACAAUUACUAUGAAGAGAGUUACUCAACUACCAAGACUUACGGGGAAUUUGAUGAUACCUCAGCCAAUCCAGUAGUCAAGGCCAAGACCAGCUUCCUGGAGACCCUGCCUUCCGCAAGACGCGGCAGUGAUAGUGCCAAGGGGCCCACCUACCAUCUACGCCAGCGGGUACAAUUCCCCAGAGGGCCUUUGAGACAGAUUCUAAUCCUGAUCAUCACUGCCCUCUUCUCCUGGAUGAGAGAGAAUAUUCUCUGUCCUUCAGCCCAGGAGGAGGACUUGGACACUGACCCACGCUACUACAGCCAGGACAGCGGUGCCUACCGGAAUAUUUACUACCGACCCAUCACUGACUCGGCCCCUGACUCGUCUUUCUAUUCUGGCCCAGUGGUCUCUUCUUCCACUCCAGUUUCCUCAACUUCCCCAAGUUUCCGCUGGUACACCCACCCUUCAGGGGUGGAAGCCCGUCAGGCUAUUAGAGCUGGUCAAGGCUAUGGGGCUGAGAUUGGAAAGAAUGGCAGAAUGGUGUCCCUUUGGGUCCAGUUCCUGCUCUUUCUUGGCUUCGCUCUUUUUCUGGCCUUUUUCUACUAUUUCAUGCAGGCGGGCGAUGACAACCCCUUCCGUCUCCGGAAUUGAGGGCUCCUUCUGGGCCCUGGGAGGAGGCAGAAUUCUGGCCCCAUUUUGACUUUUUCUGCCUCUCACUCUUGCUUUGUAGCCUCCCUUUUGGGGUGAAUAGGGGCGCAGGAAGAUCUUCCUGCUGUUGUUUGCGGUAGGCCCUGUUGGGAGUCUCUGUGACCCAUUUGGUUUCUGCAGGUCCUAUCCAUAGUGCCUUGUUGUUUGGCUGUGUUUUAAGCCUUUUGUUGGAACAGUGUUCAUAUCUGUAUAAAUGUUUCUGGAAAAGGAGUUGCCCUGACCCAGAAGCUAUGUUCCUCACCCCCUAUCCCAUUUGGACAGAUGGGGGGAGGUUUCUGGGAAUCUUUUCCUUGAAGAAAACUGCUUCAGUCCCCAGCCUAGACUUCCCCUGGGACCCCACUCUCCUGAGGUCUGGGGAGUGGUGUGCAAACACCAUAGUAUUCUCAAGGGCUUCGUUCUUUGGCGCCUUAUUUAGCCUCCAAGUCACCUGACGCUUCAAGAGCUUCUCCCGUCCCACCAAUGCCAUCACUCCAUCUGCAUCUGAGGGCUGCUAACUGACCCUUCCACCCCUCGGGCCUCUUACACCCGGUGGAGAAGGGAGACAAAAAGUGCCAAUCAUCUUGUCCUUGACUUUGUUCUCGAACAUGUCAUAAAUUAAAUGAUUUGUUUAUUUUUCAA